AUGGACCACAGUGUGGAGGGAGCUGCAGCCAGUCCUGAGGUGCCCCAGGAACUUCUGGAAGAAAUGAUUUGGGUUUUUCGUGUAGAAGAUGCGGCUCCUUGGAAUUACUCCAUCCUGGUUUUGGCAGCCCUGGUGGUGGUGAUCAGCAUGGUCCUCCUGAGAAGGAGCAUCCUGGCAAACAGAAAUAGAAAGAAGCAGCCACAAGACAAAGAAACACCACAAGCCCCGCACCUAGAUGAUUCCAGAGUGAAAGAAAACAGCAGCCUGAGCAACCUCAGAGAGACGCUGAUCUCAGAGGAGGAAAUCGAGUUGAAUGAGAAAGCUGCACCACAGGUCUUUCUACCAGAUCCACAGGAAACCGAGAGCUAG